UUCCAUGGCCAUGAACCCAAGUCUUUUAUGUGGCUUCUGGUUUUAAAGAUCUUUCAAAAUUCUCAUCUUUCAAACUCAGAUCAACAAUGGCAAGUGCUGUCAUGUCCUCUCUUCCUCAGUUCACUGGUUUAAAAGCCACUUCACCAUCACUUUCUCCGGUUCAAAACAUGGUGGCAGUGCAACCAGUGAAGCCCAAGGGAAAGGGAGCUUUAGGUGUCCGGUGUGAUUUCAUUGGUUCACCAACAAAUUUGAUAAUGGUGACAUCAACCACCUUGAUGUUGUUUGCUGGACGGUUUGGGUUGGCACCAUCGGCAAACAGGAAGGCGACCGCAGGGCUAAAGCUUGAGGUGAGGGAUUCAGGGCUUCAAACCGGAGACCCGGCUGGGUUCACGCUUGCUGAUACAUUGGCUUGUGGGACCGUUGGUCACAUUAUUGGUGUUGGUGUUGUUUUGGGCCUCAAAAACAUCGGUGCCCUCUAAGCUAGCUUGUUGUUUGAAAACAUAGUAUCAUGUUAAUAACAUUGUUAUUAUUGUCUUCCUUUUGAAUUGAUGUUUUGAGUUUAAACACUUAAACAAGAGUGUUGUCGGGUCGGGUUA